AUGGCGUUGCGUGAUUUGGAGCAGAGAGUUCAGCAAUCAAAGGACGACAUUAGAUCAAUCCAGGGAAUUGUGAAUGCUUGGAUGGAACAUGCCCUCUUUUUCAGGAAAGGUAAAAAAGAAACUCUAUUAUACCUGGAUGACAAAGGAGAAAGACUCGCUAAAAUACACAAAAUGCUGCAAGAAGAUAGCUACCAGAUCCAUCAUCUUGUUGAGGGCAAUUAAAAGCUUUUUCAAGCAGAUUCCUCCUCAGCCUCUUGGAAGUAUAUAGAGUAUAUUGAUGACAUUGUGGUCGAUGGUUUAUACAACACCAUAAUGUGUUCUUUAUACUUAUUUUUUGAGAACACAGAAGAAAGUUUGAAACCGACUCCACUUUUUCAAGCACAAAUUAUGACAGAGAUUGAAUUUAAACCUUCUCUAGAGAAAGAGGCUGGUGAUGGCUCUUAUGAUCUAGUAGAUGAACUCCUGCGUGGUGUUUUCUGAACGUCUGCCCAGGUGAAAAGGGUAGCAGCACACCUGGGAUGAGAACAUUACCAGAAUGAUAUGGACAUGUUUGAUCUGUCUGAAAUCAGGCAGGAGAUUAUGGAGAGAGUGGCAAAUGUUACCAACAAGGCCCUGGAGGACAGGAGAUCUCUUGGUAGGAUGCAUCUCUGGCUGGAGAACAGGUCUGAGUUCAUGAAGCAAUUCCUUCUCUGUGGUCGUGGUUUGGAAUCCACAAAGAUGCCUCUUACUGAUGAAGUCUCUCAACAGCCUCCCACUAUUAAACUGUUUAAAGAGCAGGGGAAGCAGGUCGAAUUCAGAGAAAGAUUUACAAUGGAAGCUUCCUUUCAGUUUGAUGCUGAAAAUGCAUAUUUGCUCCUCUUUAAGGCAAAUCAAGACCUUGAGAUGGUAGAAAAGGAAAUAUUACUAAUGCAGGAAUCUGCAAAACUAUUUGAAGUAGCUAUUCCAGACUACAAGCAAAGGAAACAAUGUGGAAAAGAAGUGCAGCUGCCUAAGAGACUUUGGGAUGUUAGUGUUUAUAUUAAUAGCAGCAUUGAUGAUCGGGCUAAAACCCAGUGGAGACAGAUUAAUGUGGAACAGAUGGAUGUGGAGCUCAGAAGGUUUGUCAAGGAAAUGCAGUCUUUGGAUAAAAAAGUUCGCUCCUGGGACGUAUAUAGGGACUUGGAGUUAAAGAUGAAGAAUCUGAUGUCAUUGCUGAGAACAAUAUUGGAGUUGUCAAAUCCUGCAGUCAGAGAAAGACGCUGGUACCAGGUCAUGGAGGUGACAAGAGUCAGGCUUUUACUAGCGGAAGAUGCUACCUUGACAGACCCUCUGGGACUCCAGCUUCAUAAAGUAGAAGAUGAAGUCCAAAGUAUAGUUGACAAUGCUGUGAAAGAGUUGGGUACUGAAAAGAUUUUGGCAGGAAUCAGCCAAACAUGGGCUGCCAUGGAAUUUUCUUACAAAGAGCAUCACAGGAAUGGAUCUCCUUUAAUAAAGUCAGGUGAACAGCGGCUUGAAACUUUAGAUAACAAUCAAGUUCAGCUGCAAAUGAUUCUGAAAAGUAAAUAGGUGGCAUAUUUCACUAGAGUGAAAGGUUGGCAAAAUAAUUUAAACAUGGCAUAUUCUGUCAUUUCCAUUUGGAUGGAAGUUCAAUGCACAUGGUCUCAUCUAGAAAGUAUUUUUGCUGGCUCUGAAGAUAUCAGAAGCCAGAUACCUGAAGAUGCGAGAUUUGAUGAAAUCAGUAGAAAAUUCAAAUGGUUGGUGAGUGACAGAGCAAACAUAAAAAAUGUGAUGGAAGGUGCAACCAAGCCAAAGCUGUAUGGAAAAUCUGAAGCUUUGCAGCACAGACUUUCUCUUUGUGAAAAAGCUCUGGCUGAAUAUUUAGAAACCAAGUGCAUUGCUUUUCCUCAUUUCUGUUUUGUUUCUUCAGCAGACUUGCUAGACAUCCUUUCAAAAGGAACACAGCCCAAACAGGUGACCCAUCACAUCAUCAAACUUUUUGACAACAUUGCUGAUGUUAAUUUUCAAGACAACGUAGAGGAAUCUGUGAAUAUUGCCCUUGAGAUGUACAGCAGAGGGGAGGAGCGUGUUGCCUUCUACGAAGGGUGUGGAUGCAGUGGUCAGGUAGAGUCUUGGUUGCAACACCCUGAGGAAACUGUACACCAAACAGUGCAUCUCCACAUCAUGGAGACGAUACCGGCCUAUGAGGGGAAGCAGAGAGAACAGUGGGGUUUUGACUACCCAGCCCAGGUUGCACUUAAUGGUUCACAAAUCUGGUGGGUUUCAGAUGUUGCAAUGGCAUUCGGCAGGCUAGAAGAGGGCUUGGCAUCAGCCCUGAAGGAUUGCCGCAAGAAGUGGGUCAUUCAGCUAAAUGCUGUCAUUACUGUGCUGCUUGGAGAACUUUCCUUGGGUGAUUGAUGGAAAAUCAUGACCAUUUGCACUAUAGAUGUUCAUGCUAGAGAUAUAGUAGCAAGCCUUGAGGCUCAGAUGGUCACCAGUUCCUGAGGUUUUCCUUGGCUGCCACAGCCACCCCACAGAUGGGAUGACACCCAGGAACACUUUUGCCACACUUGCGAUGCUCAGCUUCAGUACUUUUAUGAGUACUUGGGAAAUACCCCUUGGCUCAUUAUUACACCUUUGACUGACAGGUGUUAUAUUACUCACGCUUAGUCUCUCCACCUAACAAUGAGCGGUGCUCCUGUAGGACCAGCCAGCACAGAUAAAACAGAGACCACCAAAGAUCUAGGCCAUGCUUUUGGUAUGAUGGUGUAUAUCUUCAACUGUUCUGAGCAAAUGGAUUACAAGUCUAUAAGGAAUAUCUAUAAAGGUUUGGUCCAGACAGAAGCUUGGGGAUGCUUUGAUGAAUUCAGUCACAUCUUGGUAGAAAUUCUGUCAGUGGUGGCAGUAGUAAAAAUUAUCCAUGAUGCAAUUAGGAACAAGAAAAAGUGAUUUUUAUUCCUUGGUGAAAACAUUACGUUGAAGUCAUCAGUUGGAGUAUUUAUUACCAUGAACCCAGGAUACGCGGGUCAGACAGAACUGCCUGAAAAACUCAAAGCUCUGUUCUGACUCUGUGCCAUGGUUGUCCCUGACGUUGAACUGAUCUCUGAAAUUAUGUUGGUUGCUGAAGGGUUUAUUGAUGCACACUUGUUAGCCAGGAGGUUUAUUACCUUGUGUACUCUCUGCAGGGAACUGCUUUCUAAACAGGGCUGUUAAGACAGGGGACUUUGUGCUAUCAAGCCAGUCUUGGUAGUUGCUGGCUCACUGAAAGGAGGAGGCAAGAGCAGGCCUGAGGAUCAGGCGUUUAUGUGAGCCUUGAGAGACUUCAAUUUGCCUAAAAUAGUGACAGAUGAUAUCCCAAUUUUCGCAGGCCUGAUCAGUGACCUGUUUCCAGCUCUGGAUGUUCCAAGGAAGAGGAACCUGCAAUUUGAACAGAUGGUUAAACAAUCUACCCUGGAGCUUCCCUUGCAGCCUGAAGAGAGCUUCAUUCUCAAAGUUGUUCAGCUGGAGGAUCUCCUGGCAGUGCGUCACUCAGUGUUUGUUGUUGGAAAUGCGGGGACUGGGAAGAGUAAGGUGCUCGAAGUUCUGCAUCACAUGUACGUAAACACGAAACAAAAGCCUGUUUGGAAUGACCUUAACCCAAAAGCUCUGACAGCUGAUGAGCUCUUUGGUUUUCUGCACCAUGGAACCUGAGAACGGACAGAUGAUCUCCUGUCAUCUCUUCUGAGAGACCAAGCUAAUAUUACCCAGGAGGGGCCAAACCAGUUAGUUUUAGAUGGGGAUAUAUAUCCUGUGUGGAUUAAGUUGCUCAACGCUGUUAUGGAUGACAACAAGGUUCAGACCCUUACAAGCAAUAAACGUGUGCCUCUGACCCCAUCAAUGUAGCUGCUGUUUGAGGUACAACAUUUAAGAGCUGCUACUCCAGGUACGGUAUCCAGAGCUGGUAUUCUCUAUCUGAACAUCCAGGACCUGGGGUGAAAUCAGUAUGUUGCCAGCUGGCUGGAAACAAGGCGAUACCAAUCCAAAAAAGCUAACUUGACUGCUCUUGAUAAAUAUGUGCCUCCUUACUUAGAACAACUCAGAACAAGCUUUAAAACUAUUACUCCUAUUUCUGAGAACAGUAUGGUUCAGAAACUCUGUUCUGUGCUGGAUUGUUUGCUGACCCCUGAAAAGGUGCCAAUGGAUUGCCCUAGAGAGCUCGAGGAGAUGUAUUACUUUGCUUGUAUUUGGGCGUUUGGUGGGGCACUCUCUCAAGAUCAGCUUUCGAAUUACUAAGCUGCGUUGAGCUGCUGGUGGCUUAAGAAGAUGAAGGCAGUGAAGCUUCCAUCCCAGGGCACAGUGCUGGAUUAUUACCUUGAUCCAGAGACGAGGAAGCUCCUGCCCUGGGUGAAUAAGGUCCCAAGUCCUGAUGCGGAUCCAGAUGCACCUCUGCGGGCAAUCUUUGUUCGCGCAUCUGAGACUGAACGUCCCAAAUAUUUUAUUGAUUUGCUCUUCACAAAAGCCAAACCAGUCAUGCGUGUUGGAAAUGCUAGAGAAGGAAAAACAGUAUUUGUAGGCGAAGCUCUCUCUGAAGACAAGCUCCUGGCUAACAUCCCUUUCAACUACUCCACAACAUCAGCAGCACUCCAGAAUAAGGUUAAGGAUGAAGAAGGAGUAUUCCUAAUUCAGGGUUUAAAAGUACAGCUGAAGAAAGAAGCUGGUCAUAACUAUGGUCAAGUAGGAAAUAAGGAACUUAUCUAUAUUAUUGAUGAUUUGAAUAUGCCUGAAGUGGAUAGAUACAGAACAGUUCAACCUCAUGCAUUGGUUUGGCAGCAUAUAUAUUAUGGACACUGGUUUGAUAGGCAGCAGCUAACUAUUAAAGAAAUUCGUAAUUGUCACUAUAUUGCCUGUGUGAAUCCAACUGCUGGCAGCUUGACUAUCAACCCUCACUUUCAGAGACAUUUUGCAGUAGUUGCUUUGAACGUCCCUUCUUCAGAUUGCCUGACUACCAUCUAUAGCAAGACAGUUUACUUCCACUUCCAGCAACGUGCUUUUACUCCAUCAGUCAUCAAGAAUAUUCCAGCUGUAGUACAAGCAGCUAUAUGGCUUCACCAGGCAGUGGUUCAAAGCUUCCCACCAACUGCUAUUAAGUUCCCCUAUAUCUUUAACAUGAGACCUCUUCAGCAUCUCCUUCAGGGCGUUCUGUUUGCUACACCCAAGCAUUUAUGGCAGCCAAAUGAUCCUCAGAGUCUCUGGUUUCAUGAAUCAGCACGUGUCUAUGGGGAUAAACUGGUGCAAAACAAAGACUGUAAUUUCUUCUCUAAAAUGAUGAUGGACACUAUGCACAAGUAUUUUGAGAAUGUGGAAGACCAAGUGUUGCUGCAGUCUCUGCUCAUCUAUUGCCAUUUGGCAAACGGAAGAGCAGACCCUUGCUACACACCAGUGAAAGGGUGGAAACCACUGAGGAAUAUACUCAAGGAGUUCCUAGAAAGCUACAACGAAGUGCAUGUUUCUAUGGACCUAGUCUUAUUUGAGGGUGCCAUGCAGCAUGUGUGCUGGAUCAGUCGUAUCCUAGAAGCCCCUAGGGUUUAUGCGCUUCUGACUGGAGUUGGUGGUAGUGGUAAACAAAGCUUGUCGAGGCUGGCAGCAUACAUCUGUUCCCUGGAGGUUUGCCAAAUAGCACUGGAGAAAGACUACGGCAUCCAGGACCUGAGGGUAGCUCUUGCCAGUUUGUACAUCAAGACUGGUGCCAAGAACAUUCCCACAGUGUUUUUGCUGACAGAUGCCCAGGUUCCAGAUGAACGCUUUCUUGUGCUGAUUAAUGACUUGUUGGCAUCAGGAGAGUUUCCAGAUCUGUUCAGUGAUGAAGAUGUGGAGAUCGUAGUUACAGGAGUGGAGAAGUGCUGGAGGUUCUUCUUGAGUAGAGUGUGGUUGCGGUUAAAAACCGCUCUGUGUUUCUCUGUGGCCGGUGCCACGCUGCGAGGGCAAGCUCGGAAGUUCCCAGCUGUGGUGGACUGCACCGCUAUCGACUGGUUUGGUGAGCGGCGGCGGGAAGCCCGGCGGGCUGGCAGCGGGAGGCUGGUUGAGGAAGCCAAGGGGGUCGAGCCACUCAUCCAGGACUCCAUUUGAGAUUUCGUGGCUUAUGCCCAUACCAGUGUGAGUAUGCUGAGUGCCAAAUGCAAUUGUAAUAAGAGGCGAUACAAUUACACCACUCUGAAGAGUUUUCUGGAGCAAAUCACACUUCGUAAGAUCCUCAGAGAAGAAAAGCAAGGAGAUGUUGGGACACGGGAGCACCUGGUGAAUGGCAUUCAGAAGCUGAAGGCAGGAGAUUUGCAGGUAGAAGAUCUAAAAUCCAAACUUGCUUCUCAAGAGGCAGAACUGCAACUGAGAAAUCAAGAUGCUGAAGCUUUGAUUGCUGAGAUAGGGUUUCAGACUGAGAAAGUGAGACAAGAAGAGGCUAUUGCAGAUGCAGAGGAGCAAAAGGCUAGUCUUACAGAACUGAAAGCCUUCAACAACACACCAAUGGCUGUAAUCAAUGUUAUUGCUGCAGUAACGGGUUUACUGGCUUGUAAAGGGAAAGUGCCCAAAGACCAAAGCUGUACAGCUGCAGAUGUCUUUAUGGGAAAGGUUGAUGAUUUCUUACAAGCUUUAAUCAACUAUGAUAAGGAGCAUAUUCCUCAGAAUUGUCUGAAAGUCGUCAAGGAACAGUACUUUAAGGAUCCAGAUUUCAACCCAAAUUAUGUUCGUACAAAAUCCUUGGUGGCAGCUGGUCUCUGUGCCUGGGUCAUCAAUAUAGUAAAAUUCAAUGAGGUGUAUUGUGAGGCAGAGUCAAAACGUUAUGCAUUGGCCCAGGCAAAUGCUGAAUUAGCAGCCGCUACAUAAAAUCUAGAAGCCAUCAGGAAAAAGCUUCUUGUUCUGGAUAGUGGUCUGCGUGAGCUCACAGCAUCACUCGAGAAAGCAGUUGCAGAGAAAGUCCAAUGUCAAGACGAUGUAAACUGAACAAAUAAAACUAUUGAGUGGGCAAACAGGUUGGUCAUGGGAAUUGAGUCUGAAAAUAUGCGUGGGAGCCAGUCCCUUAAAAACCUCGAAGCACAAAAGAAUUUAUGCAGUGACGUCUUAUGAACAGAAGCAUUUGUGUCUUACCUUGGACCCUCCACAAAACAGUAUUGCCAGGAACUGAGGGAACAUCUCUGGAUUCCUUUUCUGAAGUCACAAAAGCUAAAAUUUACUGUUCCUAGUCCUGUGACGGAGGGCCCGGACCCGAUUGCCACGUUGAAGGAUGAUGCUGUGAUUGCGGCAUGGAGUCACAAGGGACUGCCCGGUGAUAGGAUGUCAACAGAAAAUGCCACUAUUCUAACAAACUGCGAGCGCUGGCCUCUGAUGAUGGAUCCCCAGCAGCAGGGAAUUAAAUGGAUAAAGAAUAAAUAUGGAGCUGACCUUAAAGUCAUAUGUCGAGUCCAGGAAGGGUUUCUGAAGACCAUUGAAAGAGCUUUGGCUUGUGGAGAGACUGUGCUAAUCAAAAACAUGGGAGAAUUUCUUGAUUCCGCACUUGAUCCCCUGCUUGGAAGACAUACAGUUAAAAAGGGAAAAUAUAUCAAGAUUGAAGACAAGGAAUUCAACAAGAAUUUCCGUCUCAUCCUUCACACUAAGCUGGCUAACCCUCAGUACAAGCCAGAACUGCAGGCUCAGACCACCCUCAUUAAUUUCACUGUCACCAGGGAUGGGCUGGAAGAGCAGCUGUUGGCUGAGGUUGUUAGUGCUGAAAGGCCGGACUUAGAAAAACGUAAGUCAGCCCUGGCCAAGCAGCAGAGCUGUUUCGGGAUCGAGCUCAGGCGGCUGGAGGAUGCCGUGCUGCUCAGCCUGUCGGCUGCCCGGGGCAGCUUCUUAGGCAACGGUGAACUUGCAGAGAAAUGCGAAUCAACAAAGUCAACCGCAGCAGAAAUACAGCGCAAGAUAGCUGAAGCCAAAGAAAAUGAAGCUCGGACAAGAGAGCAUUAAAGACCAACAGCCAUAAGAGCGUCCAUUCUUCACUUUGUUAGUAACAGCCUGGGCAGCAGCAACCCUGUCUACCGGUGUUCACUGAAGGCCUUCAAUGCAGUCUUCCACAACGCAAUGAAGCAGGCUGAAAAAUCAGGGGAUAUUCAGUGUCGUAUCUCUAACCUGACAGAAGCUGUCACAUAGUCAACCUUUCUUUUCCCAAGAUAAAGACCUUUUGAAAAGGAUAAGCUCAUUUUCCUGGCCCAAACAGAUUUUCAGAUUCUUCUAAGAAGUAAAGAGAUAGACUAUGAAUUGGAUUUCCUUCUUCGAUUCAGAGUUGAACACAAGAGUCCUGUUGACUUCUUAACUACUCAGUCAUGGAGUGCCAUUAGGGCUGUGGCAGUGAUGGAUGUGUUCAGGGGGUUAGAUAAAGAUAUUGAAAGAUCCACCAAGAGGUGGAAGAAGUGGGUGGCCUCAGUUCCAGAAAAGGAAAAGGCCCCCCAGGAAUGGACAAACAAAAGCUCUCUUCAGAAACUAAUCAUAUGGAGGGCACUCCGUCUGGACAAAAAGCCGUAGGCUCCUAGGAACUUUGUGGAUGAAAAGCUUGGCUCAAGAUAUGCAGAAAACACAAGGAUGGAUUUAGCAAAAUCCUAAGACAACAGUCGAGCCGAUCCUCUGUUUUUCAUGCUGUCUCCCGGAGUAGACCCACUUGAAGAUAUUGGGACACCAGGCAAAAAGCUUGGGUUCACUAUAGACUCUGGAAGAUUUCAUAACAUCUCUCGAGGACAAGGGCAGGAGAUGGUUGCAGAGGAGGCGCUCAAGAAGACUGCCAGACAUGGCCAUUGGGUUCUUUUCCAAGUGAAUUUUCAUCUUGUAGCCAAGUGGCUAGGAACCUUGGAAAAACUCCUUGAGCAAUACAGUGAAGAAAGCCAUCCUGAUUUCCAUGUCAUUAUCAGUGCUGAACCAGCUCCACCCCCAGAAGAACACUUCAUUCCUCAAGGAACACUAGAAAACUCGAUUAAACUUACCAGCGAACCUUCUGCAGGGAUGCUGACUAAUUUGCAUGCUGCGCUCUACAGUUUUGACCAGGAUACCCUUCAACUGUGUACCGGGGAAAGGGAAUUUAAAGGCAUCCUGUUUUCUCUGUGCUGUUUUCACACUUGUGCUGCUGGGAGACUGAAGUUUGGCCCUCAGGGCUGGGAUGGAAGGUACCCCUUCAGUGCUAGAGAUCUCCCCGUCUGCAUCACUGUCCUCCACAACUAUCUAGAGAUCCACACGAAGGUAGGAAUUCCGUGGGAAGACCUGGUGAGGUCUACCUCUGGUGAGAUCAUGUGUGGUGGCCACAUCACCGACGUCUGGGACCGAAGGCUCUGCUGUGUGUAUCUGCAAGAAUUCAUCAGCCCAGCUAUGAAUCUUGAAGGGGAGCUGUCUCUGGCACCAGGUUGUUUGGCCCCACCAAAUCUGGAUUAUGCUGGAUACCAUAAAUACAUAGAUUAAAUGCUUCCAUCUGAAAUCCCUGUAGUAUACGGACUGCACCCAAGAUUAUCUCUUCAAGCUAUUUUGGAAGUGCAACCCAUGAAUUUAUUCAUAGGAGCAGGAUCAGGCCAGUCUACAGAGGAAAAGGUUAAGAAUGUCCUGGAUGAUAUUCUGGAGAUGCUUCCCAAGGAGUUCAACAUGGCAGAAAUCAUGCAGAUGCCUGCUGCCUGGAGCCUGUGCCCUCAAGAGUGUGAGAGGGUGAACCUCCUCCUUUCAGAACAUAGGUCUCUUAAACAGCUGGACCUCGCUCUGAAGGGGGAGUUGAUGUUUUAUCCUCACAUGGAAGUGCUGCAGUCUGCGCUCUUCUGCGAUGCUGUGCCAGACACAUGGACUAAACUAGCACAUCCAUCCAUGUACAGCCCUGCCCACCGCGUUACUGAUCUUCUCAUGCGAUACGUAGAACUUGAGAUCUGGACACAGGACCUUGUGCUGCCAGCAGCAGUGGUGUGGCUUUCUGGCUUGUUCAAUCCUCAGUCCUUUCUGACAGUUUUAAUGCAGAGCAUGGCAUGCAAGAACCAAUGGCCUUUGGAUAAGGUGCACUUGACUGCAGAUGUUACCAAAAAGACCAAAGAAGAUUAUGGCCACCCACCAAGGGGACAAGCCUGUAUCUGUGGGCUUUUCAUGGCAGGCUCCAGGUGGGACAUCCAGCUGGGGACCAUAGCUGAAGCACGGCUCAGGGAACUGACUCCUGCAAUGCCAGUCAUUUCCGUAAGGGCUAUUCCAGAGGAUCGAAGGGAAAAAGAAUGUUCAGUAUAUAAAACCAAAAGCAGAGGGCCAACUUACAUUUCAACCUUAAAUCUGAAAAGCAAGGAGAAGCCAGCUAAAUGCGUUCUGGCAGGAGGAGCUUUACUCUUGGCAGUUUAG